UUUCCGUCGUGGAGGACAUCUGCCGACAGUCGGAGCGACAGAUUCCGCAGGGCGGCCGCGUAGGGAUACCCUGAAAGCAGAGCGGCGGCGGCGCCCGGAGGUGCUGGGGGCUGUACCCUCCCCGGCCACGCCAUGCGGGGCUGGAGGCUGCUGGCGCAGACCGGCGCCCAGGCGCUGGGCUGCAGUGCGGGCGUCCCGGCUUCUGCCCGGGGCUCUAGGAACAGAACAAACAUCUGGCUCUUCAUUAGAAGUCUCCAUGGCAAGAGUUGCACUUGGUGGGAUGAGCAUCUUUCUGAAGAAAAUGUUCCAUUUAUUAAGCAAUUGGUCUCUGAUGAAAAUAAAGCCCAAUUAGCAAGUAAACUUUGUCCUCUGAAAGAUGAACCCUGGCCUAUACAUCCUUGGGAACCAGGUUCCUCUCGAGUUGGCCUUAUUGCACUGAAGCUGGGCAUGAUGCCUUUAUGGACCAAGGAUGGAAAAGAGCAUGUGGUCACAUUACUUCAGGUACAAGACUGUCAUGUCCUAAAAUACACUCCGAAGGAAAACUAUAAUGGAAAAACGGCAGCCCUAACUGUAGGAGGAAAAACUGUAUCACGUUUCUAUAAAUCUGAAUCCAUAUUGGAAUUUUACCGAGAACUUGGAUUGCCGCCAAAACAGAAAAUUAAAAUCUUUCAUGUGACAGAUAACGCUAUAAUUAAGCCAGGUACUCCUCUUUAUGCUGCUCACUUUCGCCCAGGACAGUAUGUGGAUGUUACAGCUAAAACUAUUGGUAAAGGUUUUCAAGGUGUCAUGAAAAGAUGGGGAUUUAAAGGCCAGCCUGCUACUCAUGGUCAAACGAAAACCCACAGGAGACCUGGAGCUAUUUCAACUGGUGAUGUUGCCAGAGUCUGGCCUGGAACUAAAAUGCCUGGACAAAUGGGAAAUAGAGAUAGGACAGCAUUUGGACUGAAGGUGUGGAGAAUAAACACAAAGCACAAUAUAAUCUAUGUAAAUGGCUCUGUACCUGGACAUAAAAAUUGUUUAGUAAAGAUCAAAGAUUCUAAACUGCCUGCAUAUAAGGAUUUCUGUAAAAAUCUACCAUUCCCUACAUAUUUUCCUGAUGGAGAUGAAGAAGAACUACCAGAAGAUUUGUAUGAUGAAAAUGUGUGUCAGCCCAGCGCACCCUCUAUUACAUAUGCCUGAUCUCACUGGAUAUGGCAGAACUUCACGUUUUCUGGGCUCUGCUGAGCCAGAACAACAAUAUAACCAGGAACAGUAUUUUCCUUUCUUGGCCAUGACAGUACUACACUUGUCAUCUUUGUCAAGGGCAUACCUAUUACCCAUUCCCCAACUGAUUUUUUUUUUAGAAAAACUACCACAAAACAAAUCCAUUAAGUAGAUUGGAUGUGCCAAAUGUUAAGGGACUAGCAGUUUGCAUAUUAGCAAAAUCUUUGUAAUUUGUGGGCUUCAUUUGCUUUUAUUACGCAUUUCCCAAAAUGUUCUAAGGUGUAUAUAAAUGUAAUUUCUUUUAUUAAAAAAUAUUUUGUCUGUCUUUGUGAAGGGGUGGUUGUAAGCACUGGAAAACAAUAUAGGGAUUAUGGUGCAACCUAUUUUAAUAAAAGAAACCAUUUCCUAAAAUUCA